GCGGUUGGUUGUUUCUAAUUUGGGCGGGUUACCCGCCGUUAGCGGGGGGAAGGUGCGCUCCCUGCCCGCAGAGGCAAGGCAGGCAUGGCGGGCAAUACAGGCAUGGGAAGGUAAUUGGAGGCCAGCUACGGGUAGAGAUGAUGCUGAGGGCUCGAUCACCGAAGGCGGCAGACCGAGGAGAGAGCGCGCUAUGGGGGGAUCUUUAGACGAGUGGCCGCCGGUCCUGUAAUUCCACGCGGACGAUGAUCUGUCGGAAAGGCUUUCGCGUUCUUGAAUACUUGGCGGCACAAUUCAUUCCGUACCAUUUUUUGCUUUGCUUUACUUUACGUGCUCGCUUCCCCCUGACGCCCAACUCGGCUCGGUCUAGGUAGCGUCGUUUCUUGACUUCUUGCUGUCAUGUUUUGGCGCAUCCGCAGGAUCUACCUCGGCGCCUUGAAUCGGUCGGCUACACUAACCUUUUUUUUGCGUCCGUUGCGUGUGGAUCCUCUUUCCUGCGCUUCAGCUUCUCGUCCAUUGCCGGCGCAGUGGCGUGGCCAGUCUUUGGUUGUCUCUCAUGCCCUGAAGCGAGCUUUGUUACUCCUUGGACAGUGCGGUUGGCUGCAUGAGAAUAGGCAAACGGAUCCAACACUGCUGCAUCGGGAAGGUCUUUAGACUUAGUCCACCCUCUGUGGCCUCUGCCAUAUCCAAGAAAAAGCUGCAGUAGGCAGUUUUCAUCUCUCUCUCUCUCUCUCUCUCUCUCUCUCUCUCUCUCUACCCUUGCUCUGUCUAUGCCUUUCCCUUGAUCCUCUCAGGCCGUGCAUUCGCUAUCGCGCGAUUUCCUCUGGGCGGUCGUCUCUUAUUUCUUUCUUUCUUUUUUGCUUCCCGCCCUUUUCCUUCUCCCAUUCUUCCCUCUGUAGCGUGCACCUCCUUGUCUAUGUUAUCGCUGUUGUUCGUUGUACCUAGACUUCGUUUGUACCGGUUAGUGCUCGGUGCGUGCGCUGGUAUUUCACUGGGGAUCUCGGUUAGGAUUCGCCGUUCCACUGCCAGCAGCGUUUAAGUGCGGGCUCGCUCUCACUGCGUGUGCCCUUUUAUACCUGUGCCGCCAUUCAAGAUCUCGAUUAUCAAGCUCCCGCAACGAGGAUGCAAGGUGUGCCUCUGGGGGUGGGCUUACCCCCCCCUCAAUACGAAGCCUACGGGGCAGAGUAUCCCGUUUCCAGUAUGGAAUCUAUGGGGCUACUACCUGUGGGAUCUUACUAUAGUGCGCCGCCUCAGCCCAGCUACUCCAUGAACACGAUGAGCACGAUGAACGCAAUUGCAACAAACAAGCGGCCGUACGACGAUGGUUUGGGCUCUGUCAGUAUGUUGGCAAAGAAGGCGAGGCCUGGUGGGGAGGGAUUGGGCGGUCCGCAGCCCCCGUAUCCACAGAGGCCCGGCGAGAAGGAGUGUGCAUAUUUUAUGAAACAUGGUAACUGCAGUUAUGGCGCAAGCUGUCGAUUUGAUCACCCUCUCUGGGUGCCGUCUGGUGGUGUCCCCGGUUGGAAAGAGAAUACAAGUGGCACUGGAGGGAGCGAUACACCUUAUCCGGAGAGGCCUGGGGAGGCUGAGUGUGCUUUCUAUAUGAGGAAUGGGGAAUGCAAGUUUGGAAUAACGUGCAAGUUUCAUCACCCGAAAGAAAGGUCAGGGAAAGCGAGGACAAAUGAAACUCCCCCGCCAGGCUCUGCAUCAACCGGAAAGGAUAAGGAUUCUGGGAAGUUCAAUGCAAUAGCAAAUGGAUCCUCCAGAAAUGGAGUCAUGGGCAAGGAUCGUGGGUUAUAUGGAAAACCCGCAGCGCUCAGCAGUAAGGGACUUCCCAUCCGCCCGGGCGAAACUGACUGCUCAUUUUACAUGAAGACUGGAAGCUGCAAAUAUGGAGCGGUAUGUAAAUUCAAUCAUCCGGAAGUAGCACCAUCGGCUCAUUCGUGCCUUGAUGGGGAUUCGAGCUGGAACACGUCCUCCAAUCUAGAGCCAUACCUUAUGCAGUACUAUAAAAGUUCAGGGCUUGAAGACUUCAAUGUUCGGUCGGGGAUCACCCAGUCGAGCACAUGGCCCGCAGGUGGUGCUAUCAUGGCAGCCUCACAGCACCCGCAGCUGAUUUCGAGUACUUGGGGUCCACAGGGACCAAUUGCCAUGCCUACGCAAGGUAUGCUGGGGGUGGAACUACCAAUGAAUCCACAAGGUGGUCUUGGGCUGUCAUAUGGAGGGGCUCCUGCAGUUGCGGCAUCAUAUCCGGAAAGGCCAGGCCAGCCUGAGUGCCAGUUCUUCCUUAGAAAUGGUGAAUGCAAAUUUGGUGCCUCCUGCAAAUUCCAUCACCCAAGAAAGGGAGCGGUGCAACCCGUGGCACUGCCUAUCGCCCCUCCUCCGGGGGUGAAGCUCACCAAGGCAGGCUUGCCAAGGAGACCGGGAGAGACUGCCUGUGCAUAUUACAUGAAAACAGCAACCUGCAAGUAUGGUGUCCAGUGCAAGUUCGAUCAUCCGCCACCAGGUGAGGCUGUUGCACUUGCAACAGCUGCGGCGAAGGAAGGUAAAGAUGGUAAUCAGGACAAGAAUGCUGAAGACGGGGAUAAGAGUCGGUCGGGCGCAGCAGGAGCUGGAUCGGACGAAGUUGAAAAUACAGAUCAUGAUCUAAAGCACGAGGAGGAUAGUUGAAGCGGCGGAGCCUUUUUAUGUUUAUUUUGGUAAGGCAGGUCAUGAUUGAGUGAUGAGCAUGAGUUUCUUUCUGGACAAAUGGAUGGGUGAUGGCAUUCGUGCCGGGAACAUCUUCAGUUCGGGAAGAGGGGUAGUUUUUUUUUUGUUUUUUUUUCUCUUCAGGGUCUUCCCUUGGAACUCCUUUUUUUCCCCAUUUUCCGUCUUCCUCAGGUAGCCUUCGCAAUUUUGGUUUUGUUCUUGUGGGGCGGUGUCGAUUCUUAAAGUGCAACAAAUUCAAGCAGAGGAUGAAAGCAAAAUAUCCUUCUCUGUAUCAAGAGAGGUGGGGGCUCAAGGUAGAGCGUAGCUGGCCGCGAAGAUCUGUGUUUGUGUUCAGCUUGGAGCAAUUUGUAACUUCCCACAUCAUGGAGAAGAGAGGCCAUAGCCAGUACCUUUGUUGCGCUGACUGCUUUCAUUCCUAAACAGUCAGGUCAGCGCCUCUGCUGCAAAAGCUAUUUUGCUGUUGAAUGGGUAUAUAUGGUCAAAUGGGUCGCCGAGUGGCAGAUGCGGGAUGGGACGGGAGAGUGUAAACAUCCUCGUCCCCAUCCCGAUGCUGACUUGCCUGUGUGUUCACAGUUGUGGGAAUGUGGCACAGCAAUGUGGUGCUGGCGGAGGCAUGGGUGGAGAUGGUGAGGUAGGGCAUCGCAGUGGGGGAAAUUAGUCUGAAACAGUGAAAGAGGUUUCCUUUCCCCAUUUUGAGGGUUACUACAGGGAGCAGGGUCAUUAUACAAAGCACGGCAUAGAUAUGCGGUGGACGUGGUGGCGGUGGUGGUGGUUAGGAGUGCUGUAGGCGUAAGAGAGAUGCUUGUGUUCCCCCUCUGUUUCCUUUUUUUCUGGCCAUACGAGAGCAUGGAGGCAUUUGUACAUUUUGGAGAGAAGCUGGAUGUGGAAAUGAGAACCAAUUACAGUUUUUCAAUGCUUGGGCUCUUUUCUAUGGCAACGUAACGUGUGGGAAGAAGGGAUGUCUUCUUGGUGAAUGGUGGUUCUGGUAAAAGGGUUGGAUGGUUGGCUUGCGCGCCGAACAUGGUGGAAUUGGAACAUGGUCCUCUACACAGAAAAAAUAAUAAUAAUAAUGAAAAGCUCUGUGUUGU